AUGGAACGCCCUUCACCUUGGGAGCCACAUUUCAAACAUCAGGAGCUGUGGGUGUUGAACACAGCCUACAAGCUGUUUGGGCCGUGGGGGCCGCUUAUAUCUUCAGAGGCAACUCAUCGGGGGAGGCUGGAUGAACUAGCCAAGUGCCUGGCAGUUGCGCCCCCAAAUGCAGCAGUUCGCCUCUUUUGGGCUGAUGCAGCUGUGUGCGUCGAAGGAGAUGACAUGAGCGAAUGGAUCAGGUUUCUUGGCAAAAAUGCGCCCAGUGAGCAACAGAUUGCAAAGUUCCUUUGGCCCAACGUUUACGCCGCAUGGCAAGGCCAGCCCUCCUCCAGAAGCCUCAUGGAGGCAAUGCGUGACUGGUCUCCAGAACAGAUGGACAAGCCUACCCCGGGAGUCAGCAUUUGGAAGUACGAACUGGAGCAGGAGGACAGUUGGAUGCAGCGUAGCGAAGGUAGCAGAUCAUGGUAUGAGUGGCCAAGGCUGCCAACUGGGCGAAGCAUGUCAAUCUUCUUGCAGAGGUUAAAUGAAAGAUGGGGUGCUGAUGCUAAGGCAGUGGGGUUGGUGUUGGAUAUGGACGGUGCGUUUUUGAGAUGUUUCAGCGCCAACCCGCUAUCCAACAACUCUAUCCAGUGCUCGCCUGCUCCGCAGGGACUUAUAACAGUGCUGGGCGGUCCAAAAGGCAUCACAACAAACUUCAAGGCGACACUGGAAGAGACGUUCCGCUUGCAAGGUGUGCCCUUGCUGGAGGUACUUGUGCUGACAGGGAUCAAAGACGCGGGUGUUGGCGUCAAUCAGACCAGAUGUGCAAUUGGUCGAACGUUGGUCCAAAUCAAAAAAGGUCUAAAGAGAAUUGGUGCUUCACUCAAUGCCAUAAGAACAGACACGCGGCAAGAUGAUACCCUCAACAAAAACAGGCAAGAGGCUAGAAGCAUAGCAGAAACAUUUGAUUAA